AAUGUUCGUAAUCAUUAAACCUUCCACAAUACACUGCCAAUGGAUGAUCAAGAAUUGGACCCAACAGGAAUGCUCUGGCAUUGUAUAUGAGAAGGGAGAGGAAAAGUGCAAAACUUAACCAGCAACCUCCAAUAACAAUUCAAGGGUUAACCCUAAAACCAGGCCCAAUAGACGAAAGACGAAACAAGGCCCGAUUCCCCGGUGUGACCAGACCAACUACUUCAGUUAAAAACCAUAGCUGUCGUUCCCGGUCCGAGCUUCCCAUUCCUAUGAGCCGGGGCCUGCGACUCCGGUCCGGUCACCACCCGAACCACCCUCGUCCCGGUCCACUACAUAACUCGUCGCCGGACCGCCGGCGACCAAAGUUUUCCUCUCCCUUUACCGAGCUCUGAAAACUAUCGGAGAAGAUGAUUUGGGUUCUUCUCAGCCACCGCUGGAGAAAUCUCCACUCAUCCACCGGAUUCCUCCUCUCCUGCUUCCACUCUUCAUCCACUCCACAACCAAUCUCAUCGCAUCCCAAAAUCCUAACCCUAACUCCCCUCAUUCCACGUCCCAAUUCACCUCCCACCUUCCCCUACUCCACGACCAGAUCCAGACGAACCCCCCGAAGUAAACGAUCCAAGCGAGCCCCACCGCCCGUAGACCAAGCCCAGCUCGACCGCGCCAUCUCCGAGCUCCCCGCACGCUUCACCUCCGCCGAACUCGCCGCCGCCCUCGGCCGCCACUCAGACCCCCGCCUUUGCCACGAACUCCUCCUCGCCACCCUCCGCCAUCCCCGCUUCCGCCGGCCCUCCCCCACCGCCGCAAACGACGACGACGACCAUCUCUCCCCCUUUCUCGUCACCAUCAAGAAACUCGGCGCCGCGCGCCUCUACCGCGAGAUGGACGCCGUCGCCUCGCUCUCCCUCUCCCUUCCCUCCCUCCCCCUCUCCGAGCCCUUCUUCAACACCAUUAUAUAUUUCUAUGCCGAAGCCCGCAUGCUCUCCAAGGCCAUCUAUGUCUACAAGCGCAUGCGCGCCGCCGGCGACCCCGCCGCCAGCCCCACCGCCCGGACCUACAACCUCCUCUUCGCCGCCCUCCUCGGCCGCGGCGCCAACUCCUACAUCCAUCACGUCUACAUGGACUCCAUCCGCGCCCUCUUCCGCCAGAUGCUCGACUCCGGCAUCGCCCCCGAUGUAUUCGCCCUCAACUCCCUCAUAAAGGGCUAUGCCAGCUCGCUCCACCUCAACGACGCUCUACGGGUGUUCCACCAGAUGGUUCCGGUGUACGGCGUGGAGCCUGACGAGAACACGUACAGCUAUUUGAUUCAUGGUCUCUGCGCGCAGGGGCGGACAAGGAAUGCGGGGGAGCUGUGGGCGGAGAUGAGAGGGAAGGGAUUGGCGCCGAGCGGGAGGGCGGCGAACUCGAUAGUGAGCGCGCUGGCGAUGGCCGGGGAAGUGGCGGAGGCGGUGGAGAUGAUGUGGGAGGUGGCGUGGAUCGGGCGGGCGGUGGACGGGAUCACGUGUCGGACGCUACUGGAGGAGAUUUGCCGGCAGAGGAGGGUCGGCGAUGCGGUGGGGCUGUUGAGGGAGAUGCAUGAGAAGGAGUUGGUGGACGGAAGGAUGUACCGGGAGCUGCUGCAUGGGAUACAGGACGAGUUUGGUGGUGGGUUAGAUGGUGGCAACAGCUGACCGAGAAGAAAGUAUUCUGUUCGUUGGGGCAUUUUUGCAAACAGUUGCGGGUCGGUGAAAUAGACGGAGAGGAAGGUCAUUUAAUGAAAUUGACUGAAGUUGCAGCGACCGAGGAGAAUGAUUCGGCGGAAAAUUAUUGCACACGGUUGGUGAGUCUGCUGGAGAACAAUGAACAGGUGUAAAUGACACCACCGGAACUGUUAAGAUCGUAAUUUAGAUUUUUAUAUUCUUUUUUUUUGGAAAUAUUUAUCCAUAUUUAUGUGAAAUUUACACUUCUAUGUUUGAAGACCCGAAACCACCCACUUAAAUGAGCUUGAGCAUCUGAAAAAAAGGACACUAGAAAGAAAAUGUACAAUUUUACUUGACAAAAAAAUGUGA